AAAUUCCUUCUUCCCUUUUGAUAGGUCAGAAUGCUGCUCAACUCUCCAAUCAGGCUGCUUGUGGCACUCGCGCUCACAGCGACACUGGUGGUAUCACAGGAUCAAGAGCCAAGAUGCCCAGUUAACCAGCAGUGGUACCCCCUGUGCAAGCCCUGUAUCCAGCCUUGUGGGGCCCAUGUCUCUUGCGCGGCUGUCUGUGAACCCGGCUGUGCGUGCAAACCCGGAUAUACCACGCAGACUCUCGACUCCGCUGAGUGUAUCCCUAAGGAUAAGUGUAUCAUCUGCGAAGGGCUGAAAGUCUAUGACCGCUGCCGAGGUCUCUGCCCCCCCAGCUGUAAGCCCAAAAUGUGCCCCGCAAUAUGCGCCCCGGGGUGUAUAUGCAAACCAGGAUACGUGUGGCACGAUGAAAAGUGCAUCCCUGAGUCAGAGUGUCCCAAAUAGUUACAUCUAAAUGUUACCCCAAUAGUCUGUACUUGGGCGGGACUGUGCCAAACGGAUCCUACGGGUGGGCGGGUUGGCACGUUACAA